AUGGUCUUGAGCUCCUCCACCCGAGCCCGUUGCCCCGCAGCGCUCCACACAACUGAGCUUCGGCCUCCACUCCGCUUGCUGCCGCCGUCACCGCCCCUCCAGCUGGCCGCGCUCCGUUUCCCCCUGUUGCUUCUUCGCCGCGCUACCACCCUCGCCCCGUCCCUGCUCGCCGUUCCCCCGGCGCGGCUUUGCCCCGCCGCCAACAGCUCUCCCCGCGCCCUCCUGGCCACGCGCGUGCCCCCGCAGCCCAGUGCCCGCCCGCUGCCGCUAGCCGCCUGCCUGCGCGCAGCCGCCCUCCCCCAGUCGCGGCCUUGCUCACCCCGGCUGGCGCCCGCCGCCCCGUGCCUGCCGCAGGCCCGAGCUCCACCGCCGCCCCGCUCACUGACGCCGCCGCCACAGCCCACCACCGGCUCCCCCACGGCCACCGUUCGACUCGCCCGGGAGCGCUCGCUCGAACUCCACCACCCACGCGAGCUCCCGUGGCCGGAGUCGGCCUGCCGGCGAUCGCUGGAGCCGCCGGAUUAG